UUUAGCCAUAAUUAACUCACACAAAGAGUAAGAAGAAGAAAAAGAAAUGUGUAGCUACACCAUGCAUGAUGAGCCACUGCUUGAGAGGGUUUUUGAGUACUUCGACAAGGACAAGGAUGGGAAGAUAUCCCCAGCUGAGCUGCAGAGCUGUGUUAGAGCCACAGGGGGAGAACUCUCACUAGACGAGGCUACAGCAGCUGUGGAGUCGUCGGACAUGGAUGGGGAUGGCCUAUUGGGUUACCAUGAGUUCGUGAAGCUGAUGGAGGGGAGUGGAGAAGAUCAGGAAGAGAAGAAAAAGGAGCUGAGAGAGGCAUUUGAGAUGUAUGAGAUGGGUGGGUCGGGUUGCAUAACGCCAGCUAGCUUGAGGAACAUGUUAUCUAGGCUCGGUGGCUCACAUUCUCUUGAGGAUUGUAAGGCUAUGAUUCGAACCUUUGACAUCAAUGGAGAUGGGGUGCUCACCUUUGAUGAGUUUGCUGUUAUGAUGCGCUAACACCAAAUUAAACACCACUAUUUCUUUCAUUCAUAUAUAUUAUAUAUAUAUGCUUUCAUUAUUAAUUUAAUUUAACUGUGUACAUUAUAACAAUGCUAAUAUUAAAUAAGUAUAUAUAUAAGUGUGUGUGAUUCUACAAAGAUUUCUAUUUCUUCUUGUUUUUUUUCUUUGUAUACUCUCAAAUUCCGCCAAAAGGUUUCAGCUUGGUGACAGUACCAUAAAUUAGAGCCUAAUAUUUUUCUUUCA